GCGGAGAUGCGGCUGCGACGCAUGCGCGCCCGCGGCCCGCAAGAUGGCGGCCGGUUCCCAUGGUACCGCGACCUGACCGUCCGUUGCAAAGAGCAAGUCAACGACCGCCCUUUCCAUGGAAGGGGUUGCUCCCUUUCUGCCUUUCCCCCAAGAGAUGUCCGCUAACCCGCUGAGCGGUUUUCAGCGUCGUCCUACCCCCCCCUCCUCCUCCUCCAGCGGCUCUGUCCUGCCCCGACCGGCCGAUCGACUGAACCGGAAGGGGCGGGGCCUGAAGGGUCAGCGCCGACCCGCCGAUGAGUGACGGCGCCAGGAGCCGAUAGAGAGCAGGACCCGCCUUGGAGGACCCAGCGGUCCUCCAACCAAUCAGGGAUUCCUCUCUGGCGGGAGGGGUGGGACUAGCACUGAUGGUUGGAACCUUGCAGGGUUGUUGUUGUUGUCCUUGUGUCUUCAUUGUCCCAGGAACUUCCAUGAGCAGACCUUGCAGCUGGGCUUGGGCUGUGUUUUAAUCUCACUGGCCAAGGGACAUGAAGCAAGUACCGCCGGAGGCAGGGAGAGAACCUGGUGCAUCGCUCGAUUCAGCCGGGACCUGAAUGUCAUCAGCCUUUGAUUGUGGAAUGUUCGUCUCUGCAAAACGGUGUUAAACGUCAACGUGACCGGGAAAGCAGAAAGGUGUACACACGAGUGAGAGUGUUCCAGUUCACUGGCUGGAAAACUUUAGCAUUCUAUGAAAACGCAUCACAACGGGAACAAACGGGCCACGUGUUCUGAGUGUGGAUGAGACUUUAAUUGGAUUAAGCAGACAUAAGGCCGCCCAUGGAGAAGCCAUGGAAAUGUGUGGACUGUGGGAAGGGGUUUAAUUAUCCAUCCCAACUGGAAUCUCAUCGACGCAGUCACACCGGGGAGAGACCAUUCACCUGCUGCGAGUGUGGGAAAGGGUUCAAUGAUUCGUCCAGCCUGCAGACGCACCAGCGAGUCCACACCGGCGAGAGACCAUUCAUCUGCUCGGAGUGCGGGAAAGGAUUCACAGAUUCAUCUAACCUACAGAGGCACUGGCGUACUCACACCGGGGAGAGGCCAUUCACCUGCUGUGAGUGCGGGAAGGGCUUCGGUGAUUCGUCCAGCCUGCUGACCCACCAGCGAGUCCACACCGGCGAGAGGCCGUUCAUCUGCUCCGAGUGCGGGAAGGGCUUCGCGCAGUCAGCGAACCUGCUGGCCCACCAGCGGGUCCACACCGGGGAGAAGCCGUUCACCUGCCCCGUGUGCGGGAAGGCCUUCAGUCAGUCAUCCAACCUGCUCACCCACCAGCGGCUUCACACCGGGGAGAGGCCCUUCAUCUGCUCCAUGUGCGGGGAGGGAUUCGACGACUCGGCUGCCCUCCAGAGCCACUGGCAGGUUCAUUACGGGGAGAGGCCGUUCACCUGCGCGGAGUGCGGCAGGGGCUUCACUCACUCCUCCCACCUCCUGAAGCACCAGCGCAGUCACACCGGGGAGAGGCCGUUCACCUGCUCCGAGUGCGGCAAGGCCUUCAGCCAGUUCUCCAACCUGCUGACGCACGGCCGCACCCACACCGGGGAGAGGCCGUUCACCUGCUCUGACUGCCGGAAGGGCUUCACUCAGUUAUCCAGCCUGCUGACCCACAGGCGCACCCACACCGGGGAGAGGCCGUUCGCCUGCACCGUGUGCGGGAACGGAUUCAGCGAUUCGUCCACCCUGCGCAAACACCGCCUCGUGCACACCGGGGAGAAGCCCUUCACCUGCACCCUGUGUGGGAAGGGGUUCACCUCUUCCUCCAACCUCCUCAGGCACCAGAGCGGUCACCCCGACUAGAGACCCCUGCAAGCAGACUGACUUGGGGUGGCGCCCCCAAUGGGACUGACGGGCCAGCGGCAAAUUUGCGAGGGGGAGAGGGCAUUACGGCUGCUUCCGCAGCACCAAGAGAUUUGGGCAGCGAGUUCACAAGAGCUUCAAGGAUUAGAUUCUGAUGUUGCUGACAUUCAGGACUGAACCAUGUUCAUUCUGAUUGCUGGGGAUUUUGUUUCCACUGACGAGAAUAAGUGAGCUGGAGAUUAAAAAUUCAGGAUGUGUUAAAUAUACUUUAUCAUUUCUGUGCCAACUCCUUGUGUCUGAAGUUAAGCCAAGAGCUCAGUAUGACUCAUGAGCACGACAGUGCAUCUUUUAAGG